AAACCUGUGCAUUGCUGGCGCAUAUGUGUGCGUAAAGCUGCACACAGUGCGGGGCAAUGACAGUAGCGCUACAGUAAAAGCUGCUCUCUCAGUGCUGGUCACUUCUCAUGCAGAGCGCGUCUGCGGAGAGUAUACCGUCGGCUUCUCUGCGUCCUUCACACUUAGUUCAUGCGUGAGGACAGUCCGGCAAAAAAAGGGGGGGGGAAAAGCGCACAGCCAAAAAGAGUCAUUGUCUUCUGCUCUUUGUUUUGCGGACAAUCGCUCGGAGUCUGCCGAGGGAUCGAAUAUCUGAUGGAAAAGUCAGCGCAUCCGCCCGCUAUCUCGCUGUAAGGAGGCACCAGGAAACUGAAGAGGGGAGACAACGUGUUGUGAAUACAGAAGAGAGCAACUAUUGACACCUACAGCCCACCAGUCUGCCGUGCGCCUGGACAAAGCUGAAAAGGGAGCAUCGCCACGAAGGAUUCCGCUUUGUAUCGGUCUAUCACUCCAAGCUGUGAGUCACAGAUGCUUAUUUACUAGCCAAGUGUCUUCACCUUAUCUUUUUUUUGUUCCAUCCCGGUGGUGAAAACUGGCUGCCUGCCAUCGGUUGUCUUCGAAGCGCACAGAAAACCAAUAGACUGUCUACAAAAAAACAACAACAACAAAAAAACAAACAAACCCGAAUUGUUUGUGGCUGUGACAUGCUGUAAGUUAUCUGAACUGGACCUAUAUUAUGGCUUCACUGUAUCAGAGAUUCACCGGGAAGAUCAAUACGACCAAUUCCUUUCCGCACCCACCUGAGGCCAGCCACCUUCUCGGUGGACAGGUUGCAGACGACGAAAACGCAGCGAAGACCCCUCAGCAAGUCGGCGACGGCAGACCUCACGUCCAGUACCGCAAAAAAUGCUUGCGGGAGGAUGAGGAUGACCUGGUGGGCAGUGCUCCGCCUCAGAGGAACUGGAAGGGAAUAGCCAUCGCCCUACUGGUCAUCCUCAUCAUCUGCUCCCUGAUUGUCACCUCCGUUAUCCUGCUGACCCCUCGUGAAGAUGACAGCCUUGCCCUUAAGAAGAAAGUAACUAUAGAGGAUGUCUUUGGUCCAGACCUUCACAUUCACGACCCAGACGCUAAAUGGCUGAGCGACAGUGAACUGCUGUAUCGUACAAGGGAUGGGGACGUCGUCAGGCUUAAUGUUGACACAAAGGAGCGCAGGGUUGUCGUGCCGAACCAGCUGUUUGACAGGUCCAGAGCCGCCAAGUAUCAAGUGUCUCCUGACAUGCAACAUGUGCUGUUUGCCUUUGAAGUAAAACCGAGCUACCAAUACUCCUAUGUGGCCAAGUACAUUAUUUACAGCCUGGUGACACAGGAAACCUGGCCUCUAAACCCCCCUGAGGUGCAUGAAGCCAUCCUGCAGUUUGCUGGAUGGGGACCCCAAGGCCAGCAGCUGAUCUUCAUAUUUGAAAACAACAUCUACUACAGGACAACAGUAGAGAGUCGAGCGAUCCGGCUGGUCUCCACCGGUAAAGAGGGAACUGUCUUCAAUGGCCUGGCUGACUGGCUAUAUGAGGAGGAAAUCCUGCAGACACACAUAGCCCACUGGUGGUCUCCAGACGGACUGCGUUUGGCCUACAUGACCAUUAAUGACACGCUGGUGCCAAAAAUGGAGGUCCCAUUCUUCACAGGAACACCAUAUCCUGCCAGCUUGGACUACCACUACCCAAAGGCUGGUGAGGAAAACCCUGUAGUGCACCUGUCAGUCGUGAGCCUCCACGGUCCUCUGCACACGGUGGUGAUGAAGAAACCUGAUGACCCCCGAAUAGGGAGGGAAUAUUACAUUACCAUGGUGAAAUGGGCCACCAACACCAAACUGGCUGUCAACUGGCUGAACAGAGCCCAGAACAACUCUAUCCUGACACUGUGUGAGGCUACCACUGGAGUCUGCAUUAAGAAACAUGAAGAUGAGAGUGACAGCUGGCUGCACCGACAGAAUGAACCGCCACUCUUUUCCCAAGACGGACACAAGUUCUUCUUCACCAGGGCGAUCCCUCAGGGUGGUAGAGGAAAGUUUUUCCACAUCUCCAUGUCCACCUCAUUGCCUAACACGAGCACAGACAUCCUUCAGUCCUUGACCUCUGGAGACUGGGACGUCACCAGCAUACUGGCCUACAACCAUGAAAGGAAUCUCAUAUACUUUCUGAGCACAGAGGACAACCCCAAACGACGGCACUUAUACAGUGCUGACACAAUCCCUCCAUUCAACCGCUGCUGCCUGUCUUGUGAGUUCAAGUGCGGCUAUGUGGAUGUUUCAUUCAGCCACAACAUGCAGUACUUCCUACUUUACUGUAAAGGUCCAGAUAUACCAAGUGUGGCUGUCUAUAGCACUGAUGACAAACAGAAGGUGUUUGACGUGGAGACAAAUGAAAGCGUAAACAAGACAUACAACAACAUGCAGAUGCCCAGAGUAGAGUACGAGACGAUCACCAUAGAUGACUACACUUUGACGAUGCAGAUUCUCAAGCCAGCUGGAUUCAUAGAUACAGCUCACUACCCUCUACUGCUGCUAGUGGACGGUACGCCUGGCGGGCAGAUGGUGACGGAGCGGUUCCAGGUGGAUUGGGCCACAGUUCUGGUCAGCAGUUUCAGCACCAUCGUCAUCCGGUUCGACGGCCACGGCAGCGGCUUUCAAGGCACAAACCUCCUUCACAAGGUCCGCAGGAAACUGGGGAAGCUGGAGGAGAGGGACCAGCUGGAGGCACUCAGGUUCAUAUCCAAAGAACCUUACAUUGAUAAGAGUCGAAUGGGAGUCUAUGGAAAGGCCUAUGGGGGAUAUUUAGCGACAAUGCUUUUGAGCUCAGGGGAGUUUGACCAACUUAAAUGUGGAACGGCAGUCUCCCCCAUCACAGAUUUCGAGCUAUAUGCAUCUGCUUUUUCAGAACGGUAUCUUGGAGCAAAGACAGAUUCCCGAGUAUAUACAACGGCAAAUUUAGCUCACAGAGCGGGUCAGCUGCUGGAGAAACAGUACUUAAUAAUUCACCCAACUGCUGAUGAAAAGGUUCACUUCCAGCACACAGCCAAAUUUAUCAACCAUUUAAUCAGCGAGAAGGCCAAUUACACGCUACAGAUCUACCCAGAUGAGGGACACUUUCUACACAGUGAGGGGACACAGCAGCACCUGAGUCAAUCCUUGGUCAACUUCUUCGAGGAGUGUUUCCGGGUGCCAGAGAUACUGACGGACGACCAGGGAGAUAGCGAGGACGACAGUUAAACCCGAUCCUCUGAGCAGCCCCGGCCAGCUACUACAGCACAAUAUGCAACAGAUCUUUCUAACACAAUAAAUCCACCCCACCUGCCGUCCAAUCUGAUUUUAGCUCUAAUCCGAAGUGCAGCACCUGCAUGUGCAAAAAGGGCCCCUGCCUACAUCCCCUCUCUUCGCCUCACACUGGCUGCUGACGAGGAAACCAGCCAAAAGGAGGCUGAAUAAAACUCGGAUGUGAACAGUCAUUUCUCUCUGCUAUUGGAAUAAAUGGACUAGUACUCCCUCUGGUGGACCAAGAGGGUCAACAUAAUAUCCAUCGAGCAAUGCGUCUCCAUUCCAAAACAGGCACAUUAAUCGAGCGCUUUGCAGGACAAAAUAUCCCCCUGAGAAGAUAAGUUCAUUAUGUUGAGAUUUAACUUUCGAAAGGCUGCCAGUUUCUGAGAACCUUGCCAACUAACUUACUGAUUAUUGUGUUCAUGAGUAUGAUUAUCGCUACCUGUUUCUCAGAAUUUCUCUGUUCAGUGUCUUACAGUUGUUCCGUGUCUGAGUGGAUGUCUGGCUGCAUCAGUCCUUAGUUGCUUUACAAAACAAAGGCACAAUGUUUAACUUGUGUUGUACUCCAGAAAUCUGUAUCUCUACAUAAAUGGUAUGAAAUCAUAUUUUUCCUCCUCACACUUCUGAAUUGAACUCUUGUUCUUUUAGUCACUGUGCCUUACUGUGGGUGAAAUGGUCAUGUUAGGAGCCCACAUGACUCUGGAAUUGAGUAAAUAUCGAUAGGCCUUGUCUGAACUGAGUUACUUAUGAGCAAAGGUUUGGCACAUUUUAUCUCAACAACCUGGAAAGAGUUGAAUAUAAAAUAGCUGUAUGUCUGCUUGAAAGAUGGUACUGUACUGACAAAAAUGUAAACAAUAUUUAGUUUGCGGAUUCUUGAUAUUUACCAUCCAAACUGGCAUACUGGUGAGUUAACUAUGCUGAAUUUUCAUUAUUUUGUGAGUUGCUUUGAUUGCUUUGUGUGUUAUCGACUCUCCUCAUGUCACUUCUGUUAGUAUUGUCAGUGGUUUCUAGUAAGCUGAUGUACAAAGUGUAUAGAACUUAUAUUGUUUAAGUCUUUAUGUUGUAUGUGCAACUUGUAUAUAAAGCAUUUUGAAAUGUA